AUGGAAUUUGGAGGAAAAAAUCCACAAUUUGAUGUUAUUGUGGCGGAUCGUGGGUUUUUUGUGAAAUUUUUUUCAAAAAAAAAAACACAUAAUUUUCAAAAAUUCGGCAUUCAUCUCAAAGUUGACGAAAUAAAUACUCGAUCAAAAAAUGAAAAAAUUUUUUCGAGGUACAUUCGUAAUUUUGUUGAAAAAAUGAAGUUUUUAGCUAAAUACAAAAUCAUUUUUUGAUCGAGUAUUUUCGUCAACUUUGAGAUAAAUACCGAUUUUUUGAAAAUGACGUGUUUUUUUUUUGACAAAAAAAUUAGCGUAACUCAUGAAAUUAAUUUUUUUUCAAUUUUCCAGCUCCUUAUGGUGUUCGCGAGAAGGCGAGAAAAAUUGGAAACAAGGAAAAACCACCGAAAAUCGAGGAUGUUGAUUAGUUAGUUCAACUCCUCUUAAAAGGCUCUUUCCCGAAAAAUGUUCUUAUUUCCAGUAUUCGAUACCCGGAAAAAGAAGAAUACAAUUUGGAAAACACGUAUUGUGAUCUGUUGGAUCUUGCUGCGAAUAUGUGUAUUAUUGGGGGAAGAGUCUCGUUUUGGUACCCGGUGAUUUUGGCGGAUUAUUGUGAGGAAAAUCUGCCGAAACAUCCAGCUAUGCGAUUGAUUUUCAAUUGUGAACAGGGUCUGACUAGGAAAUCGAGCAGGUUUGUUUUUGGAAACAAGAUUUUUUACAAAAGAAAGUUUUCAGACGGCUUUUGACUUAUCGGAAGAUUCGUGAGCCACAAAUUGAUGAGGAAACGGAGAUUUCGAAAACAGGAGUCAGCAAUUAUCGAAGUGUACUUUUCUCCACUAAAAAUUAA